CCUUUCAUUUAACAUAUUAAGUCAGAUCAGGAAGUGUGAUGCUGUGACAGUAGAGAAGGAAGCGGGCACACAAUGGCACUAUGUUUGCUUCUGGGACUGGUAGCAUGAGAGGGCCGCGGGCGAAGACCCCUCUGCUGCUGCUGCUGCUGCUGCUGACCGCUCUGACGGGGACAGUAUUAUGCGAAGAUGAAGAUGAUGGUGGAGACGCAGAAUCUCAGAUAGUAGACGGUGACGAGACAGACGUUGACCCAGAACCAGAUGUUGGUGGUGAUGAGAUCACAGAAACUGUCCCGACUGAAACUGAAGCCACUUCAGCACCGGAGCCCUUCACAUCAGUCGACGACACUGAAACUAUUAAUAAUGAAGAUUAUGGUGGCUCAGGACGUACACUCCCUUUUGAUGACUCAACAGAGGACCCCAUCGUUACAGGGUCGACCGACUCACCAGAUGGAGAAGAAUUGAUGGAUCCCUCCGUCAUCAUGAUCCCUGUGCUGCUGGUGUUCCUAAUCAUCAGCAUGAUAGUUUGUGGCAUUUUCAUCAACCGCAGGUGGAGAAAAAAGGCGCUAAAUCAAGAGCUGAGAAAAGAGGAUCCAUAUUUAGACGGGUCCAGUACAGAGAAGGUGCCAAUGCCCAUGUUUGAAGAAGACGUGCCCUCCGUGCUGGAGCUAGAAAUGGAAGAAUUGGACAAUUGGAUGAAAAAUGAUUGUGAAGCUGCAGAGGACUCUAUACAUCCAUGAAUCUAUUUACGGUGAACAGAGGACGCUCUCCAGGAAACAGACAACAAUGCAUUGAUGCCAACUUGGACGUUCUGACCUUCCGAUAAUAAUCCAGCAACAUCUGUGACCACAGAAACUAAUUUGACUGCCAAGAAACAACACUUUAAGGACACUAGCCAACAUUACUUUCAUUUUUACAGUAAAAUAAUCAGUAAGAUCAAUUAAUAGUUAAUAUUAUCGCAACUGUAGGCUGUCGUUCUUGCUGAAAGUCUUCAGUGGACAGCAAUGUGCAACAAUUGGACUCCUUCAGUGUUGUGUCUUUCGAGUAUUGUUUCUGUCAUGCAUUGCAUUACAUUUAAAUAGCUGACUUGUAAUAACUGCAUUCAACCAUGUGGGUACAACCCCAAAAGUGCAAGAAUCAAGCAAGUACAUUAACAUCCAAUAUCCUGAUAUACUUCAACUGCCACAUUUAGAGAGAAUAUUUUUUUAUCUUUUUAUUUCACGCCAAUAAGUAAUCGGUUAUAAUCCUCGUUAAUGCAACGUAUUUUCUGCCUCGAUGAAUCACACGGAGAGAAAAGUAUUACAUUUAAACCUAAAGAAACGCUGUGCUGUACCAACCAUUCCCUUUUCUGCAGAUUCACACUGUUAAAAGAGUCUGUGGUCAUCUUAAAGCACAUUAGGCUGAUACUCUUCUCCACCACUCAGAUAUGACUGCUCUCUUCAGCUCAAAGCCUGUGGUAUUACACUGUGUGACUCCCUCCAGCUGCAGGUUUUAACUGGGAAAUAUCCUGUUGAAGAUCGCAGGCAUGCAUGACAGCGAAGGCUGCUCCUUUUCAUGCCUGUGCAGAGCUGCUGAGGACUAAUGGAGAAAGGGUUUCUUAUUCAGAGACUGAAAUCUCUGAGUGUGAAAUUAGUCACACUCUAUUUCUGAGUGUUUUGAUAAAUGAUUACUCGUUGCUGAAACUUUCUAAAAGCUGCUGCUACUGAUAAGAUUCCUAUCUCACCAAACAGUGGAUAAUACUUUGUGUCUGCAGAUGCUGUUCAGAUGUUUUGUUUCCAGUUUUUGGCAUAAAAGUGUUGAAUCUGAGCAGUCAUGACAUUGAUCCUAAUGUGAUCUUUCUAAAUGUGUCAGUAAGUAUUUUGCAGUAUCUAUGUGUAAAUAUGAGAAUACAGUAAACCAAAAGAUAUUAUUUUCAAGGAAUGCCUUUUGUAAAUAUGUCAUAUGAGGCUGUAGCCUGUUGUUUUGCUGUUGAAGCUUUGAAUAAAAUUUUAAUUGAACAGA